AACAAAUCAUCCGCCACGAUACAAAUUCGAUCGACCUACGGCGCAGUCCAAUCAGUCAACAAAGAACUUCUAUGCUACUUCUCUCCCUACUAUGCUGCAGCCUUGAAUGGUCGCUUCGCCGAAGCCAAUCAACAGAUCUUCCACGUUGACCUCUCGGGCAAGCAACUCCACGUCUUUACAAACUGGAUCCACACCGGGCGACUCGACCUUCACAGCUGGGAACGAGAGGAUCGUGUGAUGCUUUACAUCUUCGCAGACUUGGUGGACAUAUUGGCUCUCCGUCGUCAAAUCAUGACUGAGAAAGGGACGAUGGAGAGAUAUCGUGAAGUGGGCUUGGUGUUCUUGCAUCUUCCUAGCAGCUCGCCAUUGCGCAGACGAAUCGUAGAUUACUAUGCGAAUCACUGGAAACCUGAGGAUGAUAGAUACGACUCUAUCGGUGCUCUGGAUAUCGCUGUCCAACGCGAAUUUUUCCAAGAGGUUGUGGAAAGCGAAAAUCGAGCAAAGGCCAACAGACAGUGGGGUUGUUCUUGCUGCACCAAUGUGUGUCACUUCCAUGAGCAUGAAUCUGAGCAAGAGUGGUUUGCGACUUGCGGCCAGCUUCCCAAGUCACGAAAACCUGAAAAACAGUACUUCACCAAGGGUGGUGAUUGA